AUGGUUACUACCAGGAGCACCCCUAUUCCCACUGAUACCACCGAACGUUCCGUACCGGCGGCAGAAAUCCAACCCAGCAUGUCGGAAACACUGGAUGGACAUGGUAAUAGGGAAGAACCGGCGGUAGAACUGGAAGGGAAUCACCCCACCAGUGAAGACCUGGACCUAGGGAUGGUGCGGCCACCCCCGGAACAGGAACUGGAGGACAUGUCGAUGGAAGAACUCGAAGCCAUGAAAACCCAGCUAGACCAAGAGCUCCAUAUCGCGAACCUGAAACGGCAGAUCCUACAAACCCGAGCGCAGCUACGUGGCGCACCGGCGCACGAGAACCAAGACACCGGAACCCCCGACAGCAGCGCUCAUGGGGAAAAGAGACCCCGAACCGAUACGAUUCCUGCGGAGAAGCGCCCCUCGAGAUUCAAAAUGAAGGACCCCUACAGUGGGAAAUCCCUGACCGAACUCGAGACAUUCAUAGGACGUGCGGAAUCAUGGUUCGGUAGAUAUCCAGAGUGGUAUAGCCAAUAUCCACACCAUAAAGUUGGCGAAGCUUCGGACAACCUGAGCUCCAAGCAAUUUCUCAACUUCAAUAUGUACCGGAAGGAGAAGGAACCAGAACCUAUCACUUGGGAAGACUUCAAAGCGCACCUGCGGCGACUGUUUCAUGAUCCUGAGCUCCUUCGCAUUGCUGCCACACGAGAUCAUAAUGAUGCCAGGCAGUUGGAGGGUCAAUCGGUAUGGGAAUUUGCCCGCUACCUGCGAACCCUCGAAGACCAGAUGGACAUGCAGUAUAGCGAGGAACAGCGUAUGAAGCUUCUCAUGGUAAAGGUCCUGCGGCCCAUCCAAGAUGAGUCGCAGAAGUAUCCAGAGAAACCCCGAACGUACGAGGGCACCGUGCAAUUCCUGCAGAAGCUGGAAGAUGCCAUGCCCGAACGUCAAAAGACAAGAAAUUCCCGACGGCGGGAUGGUCACGGCAGCAGCGGUAACGAAUACCGGGCAGCCCCGAACCAUCGCCGCGCUGGAGCGAGACCCCCCAUGGACAAACGUGGGAAGGAUGACCAGUUCCCCCGAAGGGACGAGGCCGCUGCGGGCAGAAGCAGUGGCGGAAACCCGAAGGGAAAGGAACGUGGGAAGCCUAAAGGGGAUCGGACCGGGUCCACCUGCAACUAUUGUGGCAAGGUAGGACACUGGGAAAGGGAAUGCUACAAAAAGGGGUUCGAUGAAGCGCGAAAGGCGUCCGAACCGUCAAAAAACUAG